CUAUGAAUGUUAGCAAUGCUGAAAUGGCGCUGAAAUAACGCUUUUGCGGUAGCUGCUGUGGCAAGCCCUUUGACAGUUUACGUCAUUGCAAAGUACUGGCAGGACCCAUCUGUUUGAGAGCGUCUGUAAGCAGUAGUGCUUCCUAGGUUACUUGUGCUGCUAGUGAAGGACCAGAGGCACUCCAGACUGCCGUUUUGUAUUAGAGUGGUUGGGCUAUGUUGUCUUAAGAACAGGCUAGGAUGGAAGAACUAUGAAGAUGACCCUAGGAAAUGAACAUGCCUAUUGCCUGGUGGCUCCUCAUCGUCGGUGCCAUCCUUGCAGUCGGCGCCACGCACUCCCCGGCGUGCGGUGUCACGCUAUCUUCGUUGCUUGACAUCUGCUCCUCAAACGACACGUCGAGCUUCACCUUACUGGCGGAGCAGUAUGUGGAAGAGGGCUGCAUCCAAGCCUACAACGCUAGCCAGGGGCCGGUUUUGGAGCUGCUUGUCAGUGCCACUGUACAGCUGCCAGCAGAAGCGAUUGCACGUUUCGAGGCGGAAUCGGGCUGGGCGGUCCGGCUGACCAGCUGGGAUGAGGCCUCUGGGAGCUUGCCUCCGUUACCGGGAGCCGUCAGCAGCGUCAGCAUCGCCAGUGGAGGGACAACAGCAGCAGUGGCGGCAGCAGCAACCACCAAUACCUCCCAGACCAUUACCUUGUCCGCAGCUUCGUUGCCUGCAUGGCAGCAGCAAGCUGAGGUGCUGUCGUACUAUGAUGCCUGGAUUCUGGAUUCUCAGCUGCUAGCAGGACUGGGUCGCCUCGGUUAUCUGUACCCCCCCUACAAACUGCUUCACCCUACGGCGUUCUCAGACGCCCAGCUCUCCUCACAACCACAACUACGGCAGUACGGCGCUUCGUACUACUAUCAACCCGCCGCAUUGCCAGUUGGGUCCAAUUCGCUGGUUUUGUACGGGCAUCCCCAGGCGCUUGCUCGCCUGUACGGUGAUGCUCAAAUGCGGCUGCGGUUAGGGCUUGGAGUGGAUUCGAGCAGCGCCGCCAGCAGCAGCAGCAGCGACAGCAGCGAGUCUGUUGGGCGGCGUGUGACAAUGCCCAGCGUCUGGAGUUGGGAGCAGUUGGUGGAUGCAGCAGCGGCAGUUAACGGAACGGACUUUAACGGAGACGGGGCGGCCGAGUACGGCAUCUGUCUCGAGGUCUCCCCUGGUUGCCUGGCGCCAGCACUGGUGCAGGCCAUCGCGGCGUCCUACCUGCAGACCCGUGGGUCGGGCGAUGGCGUCCUGUUGGAGCCGUCGUCCCUGGCGUGGCGGCUGCAGGGCCCCGGAUUCCAGAUGGCCUUGUGGACGCUGCAGCGGCUGUUGUGGUACGGCCCCCCAGGCGACUCGCAGUACAGCGGCACAGGCAGCAGCAGCAGCAGCGGCACCAGCAGCAGCGGCAGCAGCAGCAGCGGCGCAGCGGCGUGCAAACGACUGUCAGUGGCUUUUGCAGAGGGCCGCUGCGCCUUUACGAUCCACACGAUGUCGCAUCUGAAGGCGUCGUACUCCUGGCCCGGGCGGGACAACGGCUCAGUGUACGGCACUCGUGUGAUGCAGCUGCCUGGCAGCUCCCGCGUAGAGCAGCCGGGUGCUUCAGGCGCGAUGCAGGGCUGUACGGCGUCCAGCUGCCCCUACUCCGUACCUUUCAACGGCAGUGGCGCGGCCUCUAGCAGCAGCGGCAUCUCAGCGGCUGUAUCGGGGGCGGUUACAUGGCUCACUGGAAGCAGCAACAGCAAUAGCAGCGUCUGGGUUAACGUUGCGCCGCUUGCAUAUGGCUUCCCCGUCGGCGGCGUCAACUCGGGCACCCCGUCGGCGCAGCGAGCCGCGGCUGGGAGGUUGCUGUCGUACCUGAUUUCACAGGAGGGGCAGGCGCUGUUAGCAGCAGAUUCCGGCUCAGGCGUGUGGCCCUUUCGCCGCCUGGAGGCCAGCACGGUGGCGGCGGCGGCGGCUGCAGCGGUGGCGGGCGGUUCUGUACGGCAGCAGCAGCCCACGUCUCAGCAGUGGGCGGAGCUGCGUGCGGUGGAAGGCGCCCUGUGGGGCCACCCGAAUGCGGCACCCGCGCUGAGGCUGCCCGGGGCGGACAGCACCUGGCCGCUCUUGGAGGCCGCCGUCGCGACGCUGCAAACCGGCGGAAAUCCCUAUUCGUACAUUGGAUCCAAUCUGCCGUACAGUGACGACGAGUCACGUGUCGUACAGCUGCCCGCGCCCUCGGCAGCUGUAGCUGCGGCUGCCGCUGCGCUGGCAACAGCUCUGCCGGGGGUGCUCCGGGCGGCGCUGCCUUCCAAUGAGACACUUCGGCUGGAGUACCAGGCCUCCAUUGCAUACCGGGCGCCAGUCCUGAGCAGCAGCCCCCAGGUGCCGGUCGCGGAGGACAAUAUCCGCACGGGCCUCAUCGUGGGUGUGGCGGUGGGUGUGAGCGCCUGCCUGGCGGCGCUCGCCACCGCGGCGGGGGUUCGCACGCGUCAUACGCUGGUGCGGCUGCGCGGAGUCAACAGUCACUUCGCGGACGCCAGCAGCCACCGCAGCAUGGACACAUAUGUGGUGCUGGACAUUCAGGGUCUUUCCGAGCCAGGCACCCCAGACAGCGUGCGGGACCAGGCUCUGCGCAUGUGCCACGACGUGAUCAAGUCGCUCGCCCGCCGCUACAACGGAACCACAGUGGCGCUACCGCCCACCGAGCUGUCGGCCUCCGCCAAGCAGCCACGUCGCGUCAGGCAGGAGCCGUUUGCAGUCGCGUCGGAGCCUCUGACGGGGUCGGGCGGCGGCGCUCCCGUUGGUCCCUUCAGUACGGCAGCGGGAGUGGCGGCGGCAGCAGCGCCGGGCUGGGGUGCUGAAGCAGGUGGCAGCGGAGUCGGCGGCGCGGGGGGCGACAUGUUGGGUGGAGUUGUGGGUCGACAGGCGGUUGCUGAUAGGAUUACUAGGAUGCGUGGGGAAAGCAGCGGCGGCGGCGCUGGCGCGGGAUUGGGGGCUGGCGGUGCGGAGGGAGCCUCCAAACAACCGCCCCGCUCGGAGUUUUGGAGGCGCGAUAGCAGCGGCUUCUUCUCCCUAGCAUCACGCGACUUUGACUUGCUCAACUCCCAAACCUGCACGUACGGUCAACAUGCCGCUUUAGAGACUGGCGAGGGCGCAGGGGCCGGCUUUUCAGCCACCGCCACCGCCGCUGCAGGCACGGUUGGUGCGCUGCCGCAUGCAAGGAGCGCCCGUAGCACUAGCAGCGAUGUGGCACAGCAGUUGCGGCCGCCGGUUGCAGCGGGUGCAGCGGACAAGCCGGCCGCCUCAGCUCCAGCGCCAGCCAGCUUGCAGCCGUGUGGCUGUCAGCUGCCGGCUGCUGCCGCCCCACCACCCGCACAUGCGUGUGACACAGGCGCAGCAGCCGGGGCGGUGCCUGCAGUACGGGUUGACGGCCCGUGCCAGCGCUGUAGCGGCAGAGGCGGCGCUGAAGACGUACCUAGUACCUGGGCCGCAGCUGCCGCCGCCGCCAUUGCCGGUCUUGGCAGUGUUAGUGGUACCUUUCACGGCGCAGCAACGCAAAUGGCCGCUCCGAUUGCGUACAGCAGCUCUGCCAUGCCGGCGGCGACGACAGUAGAUGCAGCAGUGGCGGCGGCGGCGGCUAACCGUGGUGCCGCGGGUGUUUGCCCCGCGACUCCCGGCAUUAAUGGCGCCGGCAGCGUCAGCGCUGGCGGUGUGCCUGUACCGCUCCUUAGCGCGGUGCGGAAACCGUCACCCUCGCCGCCACCACUGCAAGGGGCGUCACGCACGUCCCUAAGACCUCCUUCGGGGGCUGCUGUGAACUCCGGGUUAUGCACGCAGCCCAGCGUAGACUCCCUGGCGGCAGAGUGCCUCCCCGAAAUGCUGCUGCCCAUGCCUGCAGCAGCGGCCACAGCCGCAGCUGCCGCCGUGGCCGCGGCCUCCGCCAGGGGUGGGGAAGCUACCCGACCGGCCUUGCCGCGUGCAGGAUCUUGCCGUGCCGGAUUCCUGUCCUCCGGCCCACAAGCAGCACAGGAGCGGGCCAGCGCAGACCAUGCAAGCACCCAACAGGGGCCGCACCCGAGCCCUGUGGAGCCGCCUGAGAACGCAGCAGCGAACUUGCACUACUGCCCUCUGCCGUCCCUGCCUGAGGCGACCGUUGCUGGCCCCGAGGGACCGUGGCAGCGGGUGUCAGCAGGCGGUGUCGACGGCGUCGUGGCGGGACCCUCCACAGGCCGUGGUCGUGGGCUUGGAGGCCCCUGGUCAGGGCGACAACACCGGAUGUCGCCAUGCCCGGUUCAGCCCCUGGCGUCGUCGCCACUGGUGGGCGCGCCGUCGCAGGCCGCGCAGCAUGUGGCGUCGCCGCCGUCGCGCGGUGGCGCGCUGGCGGCGGCGGUAGCGGCGGCGAAGGCGGCAGCGGCUGGGUCGAUGGCGCCGCCGCCGCCGCUGCCGACACGCGUGGCACUUACGUUUUCAACCGUCCAUGAAGCCGUGUGCUUCUGUGUGCACAUGCAGGCGAUGCUCAUUAACUGCCGCUGGCCAGCAGAGGUCCUGGAGCUGCCCGGUUGCCGCCCUGUUGUCGUGCGGCCUAGAUCUCUGGCCGCCGAGGAGGACCCAUGCGACUACGCCUCCGCAGGCGGCGGAGGCCGUUCCGCUGCCAGUCGUGCCGCUGCAAACAAGAGCGUGCGCGGCGGCGGCCUCGGCGGCGUGGAAAGCGGUGGGGGCGGUAUUUCUGGUGGCGGCGCAGACUCCGGCGGAGGUGUGGUCAUGGCCUCCGCGCAUUCCUCCUUUGUUGUCACCUCUGCCUCGCCGUUCAGCCCAGCGAAUGCCGUCGACCGCAUGAAAUCCCUCAUCAGCGGAGGAACAAAAGGGAGGUCGGGCAGGGCGCUGCGGCCGCUGCCCAUGUCGCCGCGGCUGCCGGGCCCAGGCAGCGGCGGCGCCCGGGAGCCAGAACGCUCCGGACCCUCCAUGAGCCGCUUUGCUGCGGCAGCGGCCGGCAGUGUCGCCUCUGGGGCCACCGCGCCCAACCACAGCGCGCAAAGCAUGGUGCCAUUAGGAAUCGCAGGAUUGAAUAGCCUGGGUGGCGGCAGCGGCGGCGGCGGCAAUAGCGGCGGCGGCGGCGGCCAGUACGGCAGCGGUGGCGGAGGUGCCGGGAUGUGCGGUGUUGUAGACGCAUGGCCAGGUGGAACGGGUACUUCUGCCGGCUGCUCCCGAACCGGCAGCGGCACGGGUUGCCCGAACCUCAGCGGCUCCCUGCAUGGAGGCGGAAUGGCCGGAGUGCAGGUGUGGAGCGCUGGCUUGCACCCCAGCGGACACACGUUGACCUCCAGAUCUCCACUGGGGCGCAAACCCUUGUUCCGGGGGUCACGCGACGGCAAUCAGCCGAGCGAGAAUGCAUGCGCUUCCGGGGUUUCGCAAGGGGCCGCAGCGCCCAAGCAACUCAGUGGAGCGGCGUCGCUGCCGCUUCCAAAGGUCGCGACGCUGCAGGGGGCCUCGCAGCUCCCUGCAAGCCUCCGUGCCGCCGGCGUAGACCUCCGGAAGCUGCAGUACACGCGCGUUCCCAGGGGCGGCAGCGGCUGGCUUCGCAGCGCAGCAAUGCCCACGGCACCUAGCGUCGACGAGAAUGGCAUUGAUGGCAUGCCUGCCGUUGCAGCGUAUGUUGGCUCCCACGCAAGCGUACCUGCUGACGCCGUCGCCAAGGCGACGGCGGCGGACGACGGAGUGUCCUUGUCCGAGCGCCUGGACCGUCGUCCCCACGUGUACGGCGCUGCUCCCGUCGCCGUCAAUGCGGCCACCGCCUCUGCUGCAGCAGCCUCCGCAAUGGCUGCUGCCCGCAGCGGCGCGGCGGCGACGCCAGCGGCUGGCGACGCAACUCCCGUGUCAGACCGGGAUCCAAGCGGUGUCCUCAUGGAGUACGUGCUGGGUGCGAUGGACCUAGACGGGGAUGCGGAGGAUGCGGCGGCGGCGGGCCCGGUGAGCCUGGACGCUGGCAGCCUGUGGGCACCCUAUCCGCCCGGGCCUGACGGCCCCGCGCAUGCAGCAGCGCAUUCAGCUGGCUUUGGCUUUUGCGGCAUGCACGUGGGCAGCUUGGGCGCGACGGCCGCUGCUGUGAUUGCUGAGUCGCCUCUGUCAAGCGUGCAGAGGACCCCCACCUCCACCUCUGCUUCGGCGGCAGUGAGUCUGGUCUGGCCUGGCGAUCGGCUGCCGGCACCGCCGUCGCCGUUUGCCCUGGCGGGAUUUGGUCCCAGCACCACCACCUCCCCUCGCGUGUCCGUCACCCAGCUCUCCGCGAUGCCUCCCAGCCAGCAACAACAGCAGCACAUGCAGCAGACGCAGGGCUCCGCUUCCCGCAGUAGCCGGGUGGACUCCAUGCCGCUGGUGUGCAGUGCUGCUACGCUGGUGCUGCCGCCGGCCCCCGGAAGUAGCGGCAUUGUCGUACAGCCCUCCGUUGCUACCACCACCACCGUCACAUCCGAGCACGCGUCCUCACCGCCCGCGUUUCCCCUGGCUGCGACAUUCGCUGGAGCUGCUGGUGCCUCCGCUUCGGAAGUCCGCUUCACACCCAACCUGCGCGCGUUCUCCUCCGCUGCACCUGUCGACCCGGCAGACGUCCGGGGAGGCUUUAACCUUGAGGCCGCUUAUAGCAUGGGCGACGCUGCGGCGUUUGGCGGCGGAGGGCCUUCUGCUGCUGCUACCGGCUUGCGAGGCGGACCGGUUGCGGAGGGUAUAGAAAGCCCCGAGGCGGCAUCGUUCUUUGGCGAUAGCACCACCACCGCCACCACCGCAGCGCUCCUGCCGCCGCCUCCCGCGCUUUUGCCCGCUGCGGUCCUGCAUGGUAUAAGCAACGCGGCUGCUCUGGGCCCCAUAGCGGCCGCAGCGGGUGCUUUCGGCAAUGGUAGUGGUGCCGCAGCAGCAGCAGCCCUCGGCCCGCGCAUGCCGCAAAUGGUACGACAUACCUUCUCCGCAGCCGCCCUGCAGUUACCCGGUACAUCAGUUCCCGCAGCAGCACUCAUGCAGCAACAAAGUACUGCCGGAGAGCUGCAGACCAGUCCCGAGGUGUCUCCAUGCGUGACGCCGGGCCUGCCGGUGCGCCCCUCACCUACGGGCUGCUCCGGCACUGGGAGCGCCGCGCUGUCGCCCCCGCACAGCCCGCUGAGCCCCCUCAGUCCACUGCACCAGCUGCUGGAGGAGAGGUCUUCCUUCCCCGUACUCCAGUCCGGAUCACGGCAGGAUGCUGCUCCUUUGCGCUUGCCGAGUCCGCCGCCUGUGCAGGGAGGAGCAAUGCCGGAGCUGAUGACCCAAGGGUCGGUCCCGGCGCGCGGACUGUACGGCACAUCGCCAGUGAACAUAGCGGGUGCGUCGGGGUUGCUCUCGCGCCUGCAGGCGUUACGUCGGCCCCUGCUGCAGAGCGUCGCCUCCAGUGCCGUAACGGCGGGCACUGUUCCUGCAGCAGCCAACUUGUCGCACCACUCCGUGCCUCUGAAGAAGCUAGUUUUGGAGGAGCGCGACAACGGAGGUAUAUACUGUAGGUCCACUAGUGCCGCGCUGACAGAUUGUAACCCGGUUUCCCAGCUGGGUACGACGGACGGAGGAGUGGGCGCAGGCGCCCAGCCGAAUCGUCUACCCGGAGGUCCUGGAGGUCCGGGCGCGGGUCUCGGCUCGGUUGUCCGUAGUUUUGGAGAGCAGGUGCGCAUGACCUUCCAAGCAAUGGACUUUGCCCAGCUCACGGGAGACGAAAACGGCUUAACGGUCAUCUUCCGAGGCCCACGGGUCGUUUGCGGCAUAAGCACAUGGCAGUACGACGAUGAAGAUUACCGAAUGUACGACGAACGGCGUGAUGGCAUGGAUACCUCAACACGCCCCGCGGGCGGCGUUGCAGACCGCCCCAACUCCGAACGGCCGACCACGAACGCAGCUCUCGCUAUUUCGGAGCUACGCACACUCGCACGCGCCUUCGAGCCCUCGGCGGCUGGCGGCGCCGGGCUAGGUGGCGGCGGCGGCGGCGGUGGGGCUACUGCAGCCGGCGGCGGCCGUAGCGAUGGAGACGACUGCGGCGAUGGGGUUGACUUCUCCGCUUUGGGCAACCCCCUCUUCAACGCUGUGAAUGCUAACGAGGCGGCUGCCGCAGGGGGAGUGCUCCGAGACCAGGCGAGGGUCCCUGUCGCGUCCUCACUACCCCAGCAGCAGCCAACAACGGCUGCAGGUCAAAUGCACGGCAGCAGCGGCCCCGCUGACGCCGGCGCCGCCUGUGGAGCGCAAGCGUCCAAUGGCGCCGCCGCCGGCACCAGUGCUGCUGCUACCUCGCUUGGAGGAGACAGAGACGCAGGAAGGGACGCUGUACAGGAGUCAGCGGCGGCGGAUGCGCUGUUUGGCUUCCAGCGCCGGCUCUCCGCGGCCAAGCGGUGGCACCGGCGGCGCCUGCCACCCCCGCUCCAACGCGCCCUGGCGAUCUGCGAGGGCGGCCAGGGGGGCUUUGUGUUCCUGGAUGGAUCCACGUACGGCGCCUCCUCACAGGAGGCCCUCCAGGAGCAAUGCAUGAUCCUGCACAUGGGCGACUACGUGCUGGCCGACACUCCCUCCCCGCUGGACCUCUACCUCGCGCUCGACUUCACGCACCUGGCGCGUCUGUGCUACCUGCAGCCGCUAGCCUGCCGCGAGCAGCUCAGUCUAGGGCUGCUGUCAGCGCCCGUCAACGCCGCCACCAUCUGCUUCACGCUCGUGGUGGGCAUGCAGACACUGCUGGCGUGGAACACGGAGGCGGCCAAGGAGGCGCUGGCGGUGCUGCGGGAUGCAGUGCUGCCGGCGUUGCUGCGGCACGGCGGCUACCUGGUGGAGGAUGCGGACGGGCUGCUGCUCACCGCCUUCCCCAGCAGCCGCUCCGCGCUAGCCUGGGCGCUGGAAUGCCAGGCGGAGGCCAAGCACCUGGACUGGCCUGAUGAGCUGCUGGGCCAUGCGCUAGGCGAGGCUGUGUACGUUGAAGAUGAGCUGGCGACAGGGGAGGAGGAGGCGGGCGAGCUGCUGGGGUCCUCCGACGUGCAGGGCGGCGCGGGGCAGCAACAGCAGCAGCGGGCUGCAGCGGGCAGCAGGCACCUGGUGUUCAGGGGCCUUCGCUUCAAGAGCGGGUUGGACUGCGGUGACGUGUUGGCCCGAGUGCACACCACCACGGGCCGCAUGACCUACCGCGGCAGGGUCAUGAACCGGGCUGCGCGCAUCGCCGGCCUAGCAACAGCCGGGCAGGUGCUGUGUUCGCGUGGGCUGUGGGACGACAGCGGCCUGGAGGCGGCUCCCGAGCUGUGCCAGCUGGCGCUGGCGGUUGGGGAGAGCAUGGGGGAGAUGCAGCUGAAGGGGUUGUCGUCCAAGAUGGAGAUCAUCAACUGCAUCCGUAUCCUGAAGGUGGAUCUGGUGCAAGCGGUGCUGGAGGUGUCUCAGGAAUUGCCCUCCAUGCCCCACCCGCGCAUUACCUUUACGGCAAUUGCCGGCGACGGUGACGGCACCGACGACGGAGGCGACGGCGACAAUGCCGACUUCGACCUCGCGCGACCGGCAGCAACCACGGGCACGCCUGUCCUCAUGCAGGCCGUGCCGCUGCUGUCCGAUACCGACUCGGAGCCCGAACAUGACGGCGGAGUCGUGAUAGGAGGUUGCGGCGACUCUGCCUCUGAUGGCAACGACGACGUCUCCUCGGAAGUUGCUCCAGCGCGCCGAUCCACACGCACCGCAGCCGGUAGCGCGCUUGCUGGCGGCGCCGCCGGCCACGCCAUGAGUGCCGGACUGAUGCUGAGCAGUGGCGUCGGCAUAGGCUCCCGGCGGGACCUGCUGGCAGCCGCAGCCGCUGCGGAGGAGUUGGACGGAGCUUUCGCAAACGCAAGAGCGAGUGCGCCUCUGCGCAGUUUGGCGCUGAACGGCCCCAACGGCCGGUCCUCGGUUCCCUUCGGCUUGGCUGCAGCCACAACGGGAUCUGCUGCGCGGGCGGCGGCGGCGGUCGCUGCCCGCGUGCGUCGCGCCAGCCAGAUGCAGAGCAGCCGCUUCAUGCAUGCCGGCGGCCUGCCGCUAGACCUCGGAGCAGCCGGUGGCGGCACGGGAGCCGGCGGCGGCAGCGCUGCGCAGCUGACGGCGGUGACUUCCGGCGUGCGCAGCACAUUGAACGGACUCAUGGCGGCGGCAGCGCUAGCUUAUGCGGCGGCGGCUGACGACGACGACUUGGCGGAUCGGCUGGUGGCUGGCUACAGCUCCGACGGCAGCGGCGGCGACGGUAGCUACGGCGAAGGCGAGGGCACCCUCAGCGCCGACUUGGGGCAUCACGUCGGCGGGCCGUCCUUUACGCAGGGCUCCACCGUGGGAGUGGCGGCACUGCGUGGGAUACUGCCCCGGCCGCGUGCGCCGUCGGGGCUGGGCUUCCUACCGUCGGCGAUGGUACUGAGUCCAGGCGCCGCCGGAGGAGUACCUGCGGCGGGGCCGAACGGAGCCGGUGGCGGAGCCGGUGCAUCCGCUGCUGCUGCCAGCGCUGGCGGCGGCGGAGGCGGCGGCGGAGGCACGCCGGGUGCAGCGUCGCUAGCCACAGCAGCAGCUGCCAACAUUAAGAAGGCGUUGCAGGCUGUACGGCGAUCUAUCCUGGACGAGCAUGCUGGCGCUGGGAUUGGUGGUAGCGUUCCCUUGCCCGUUAUUAGCGAUGGCUCCAAUGACGAGGAUGCGGAGGAGUUGGGCCGAGCUUGGCAGGCGCCGAGAAUUCCGACGACGACGCCGGCGGCCUCGGGUCCCAUACCGCAAGCCGGUGCAACGCCAGCCGCCGCCAGCGGACAAAAGCUCCGCCGCCUUCACUUACUCCGGGAAAAUGAGCUCAACAAGGCGUCAGCAUCCCCUGGCGGCGGAGGUGGCAGUGGCGGUGGCGGCUUCCUAAAACGCUUGCGUGGUCUGGGUCGCGGUAGCCGCGCUGCCAAGGGCCGCUGCGGCGGCGGCAGCAUUGAGUACGACCCCGAUGACGUGGAUGACGACGACUUGCCGUACAGGCCCAUGGCCUCCGCCGGGUCGGACUUCUACGCGGGUCGUCUUCCCUCGUCGCUGCUUGCCUCGGCCCAGGCGCGGCUUCGCGGCGGCCAACCCGGCGCCUCCGCCGCCCUGAUGCGCAGCAGCACCGCUGCCCCCGCAUGCUCGCCACUGGGUCGAAACUCUCUUAGCGCCAGCAUCGGAGGUGCCCGGCGGAGUUCCCUCGAGUCGCAGCUCCUGCGCCAUCCCGCCAGCAUCGGCGGCGGUGGUGGCGGCGGCAGCAGCAGCCGUGGCGGCGGCCUCACCGCCAACCGGUCCUUCCGUCGUCUGGGCGGUCAUGGACUGGUCGCGGAGAUGAGCCUGGCAUCCAUGACCAUGCGCCGACACAUCCCUGUUUCCGAGCUGCUGGGCGCGGCAGCUUCCAGCAGCGGCGGCAGACGCGUGGUCCGCGGAUUCGGCUCACAAAGCAUGAUGGAUGAGGACAGUGGCGGCGCUGCGGCGGCGCGUGCGGAUGGCCGCCCUGCCUUGGUCAUCCAGACCCCAGGGCUGCAGACGCAGCGGACCAAUUCCUUCCGUGCGGCUGGGUCGGCGGGACCGAGUCCGCUGGCGGGCAGGUACCGACCGACGCCGCCGGCUGGUGUGGCCGCUGGCCGGCCCGGCGGGGGCAGCGGCGGUACGGCGAACUGCAUCUCUGAGGCUGAGGGAAAAGAAGAUGGGAGCAGCAGCGCCGAUACCGCAAACGCCUCCCCCAGCCGAACAGCCAGCCGAAGCAGGCUACACAGGCAGCUGACGGGAGGGGCGAGAUCUGGCGCGGCGGCAUCAGCAGCCGCAACCGCAACGGCGGGCCAAAGAGCCACAGCCAUCAGCCCCGCACAGCCCGCGGUUUCAUCAUCCUAUCGCCGGCCCGGAUCCUUCACAUCCUUCUUGCAAAGGGCCCCCAGGAAGCAGCAAUCAGGACAGCAACCCCAACAGCAACAGCCAGCCUCUCGGCAGGAGUUCCGAUGGCAGUUUUCAUCAAACACCGGCGACGAAACAUGGCUGUCCAGCUAUAACAACGACCCUGUUGACGCUCCCAGCGUUGUCCGCGGCUCCUCUGUGGCCCGGAACCGGGAUCCCGGCGGCCCGGCAUCACCUGCAGCCCCCGACCUGCCGUCACCUGCCAACGCGCCUCAAAAGGCACCUCCUCCGGGCCUCUUGGCACGUCGUGUUACCUCCUGGAGGGCCUCUGUAGCGCAAGCAUUCGGCGGCAGGGUGGGUGAGGCGGCGGCGGCGGCGGUGGCAGGGCACUCGAGCUCCUUCACCUCACCUCCGCGAGGCGGCAGUACGACAUCUCGGGCCGUACUGAGCCGUACAUACACCGCUCAUGGCGGCGGUGCGGAGCAUUCCACAUCGCCGUUCGCCUCCGUCUCCUACACUUACACUGGCCGCCAGGUGAAUUCUCCGGGCAGCGGCAAGCACCCUCAAGCAGCCCCUCCCUCAUUCACGUCGCCGGCUUCAGGGUUGACGCCAGCGACGGGCUCUCCGCGACUGUACCGCCGCUCCGCCGCUACCUCGGGCUCGCGUCCUCACAUCGGGACCGCUCCGGGUGGCCUGGUCUCGGGCGUCCCAGCAACGGGCGGCCGCGCCAGCGGCACCCACCCAAGCUCUCCGGCGCACGCAACAGCAGCAGCAGCUGGCGGCGGCGGCGGCGGCGGUAACGAAAGCGCGACAAUGGCCCGAGCAUCCAGUGGACACCUGCAAGCAGCAUCUGCUGGGGAGGCGCCAACGGGGGCCACUGCCUGGACGGGCCUGUUCAGCUCCAUACACACGUUCCUGGGCCUGUCACAGCAUGCUCAUGGCGGCAGCGGCGGAGGCGGACCUGUUGUAUCGCCGACACAUCGGCGGAACUCAACCUACAUUCCGGCGAGCGCGGCCUCCGCCGCCACCACUGCUGCCGCCGGCGCUGGCGUUGCUGGCGGGGGCGGCGGCGGGAGGUCACGCAGCGGCAGACGGCGCUCGGUUCGAAUGGGUGUGGACUAUCCCCUGGACCCCGCCUCCGCCGGAGGUGGUCCUAGUACGACAACAACUCGUACACAGCGGCGCCGAUCUGUCAUCGAGGUCAGCGGCAAUGUAAUGACCUUGAACGCAGGGUCCGCCUUCGCGGCCGACAGGUGGCAGCUCGACCCCAGCUACCCGGAUGCUGUUGGAGGAGUGUCAGGGUCAGGCGGCGGGCCGGACUCCACGGCGCGAGACGGCAUCCCCCUUGACGGUCCGCCGCCCGGGCCUUGCAGCAGCUUACUGGGUGCUACGGACGCAGCGGGGGCCGGGAUCACACUGCCGCGCAGACGCCGCAGCCAACGCAACCUGGCGGCUGGCGUCGUCGCAGCCAAGACUAGUGUUGCUGGUAGCAACAGCAGCGGCGGAAGGGCUUGUACGGAUUCCGGGGAGCGUGUGGGGCACUCGGUCCGCCGCCAGCUGUCCCGUGGGUCGCACACCCUCGGACCCACCAGCUCCGGGAGUUUACCCACGCCGCUGCCGUCACAAUCAGCGGUACCGCAACAGGUUGCGUCUGGGCUUGCUUCCACUUCGCUUGCGAGCUCAAGCACCAGGAGUCGACUCCUGGCGGGAGCGACAGCUGACGGAGGCGCCGGCAGCGGCACCGAACCGGGCAGCGUCGCCGCUGCCGGGUUUCUAUCCGCUGCUGCAAACGUCGAACCCGACCGCCCUGCCUCGGCAACCAAACUGGGUCGUUUCGUCCGUGGCCUUAGCGGCAUGCUCCAGCGGAGCCACAGCGUAAGCCGCUCACCUGGCAGCGGCGGUGGUGGCGGAGGCGGUGUGGGCUUGGCGUUGAGGAGUAGCCACCGCUUCGCCACUCCGGCAGUUAGCGGGACGGGUCAAGGGGGCUCCCUUAGCGGCGAGCCACCCGAGCACUCCGGCGGGAGUGCCUUUGUGGUCUCCAUCACGGCCGCGGCGGCGGCGGCAGCUGUCGUACAUUCACAGGCGCGCAGCCGCAUGGACGGCGACGGCGGCAGCUGUGAAGGUGAUGUGGGGGGGAUGCCGAGGCCGCGGUCAGGGACGGCGCCCCAUGCAGCUACCGCGGCCGCAGCAGUAACCCCGUCCGGUAGCCAGAGCGGGGGUGAGACGCCAACGCUCAAGUCCGGCAUCCGCCGCUUGGUACCGGGACUCGCAAGGUCUGCUCGAGCCGCUGUGCGUAGGGUGUUGAGCGGUGGGUUAGGAGGUGAGGAGGCUGCUGCUGUGGGCGGUAUUAGUAGCCGGGAGGGGGUUGGUACCAGUGACGAUAGCGGCGGUGGCAGCAGUCGGGGUGGUGGUAGCAGGGGAGCACGGCAACGCAACCGGGAUUGGAGGCAGACGCAGGGGUCUUGGAACACGGAAGGAGAUGGGUCAGACGGCAGCCCUCAGAGAGGGAAGGAGCAGCAAGAACGACGGUUUGUGAGGGGCGAGCGCGGGCGGCGGCGGGCUGGCAGGGGCCAGGGCGAGGGUUGGCAGGAGUUUGAUUUGGAGGAGGCGCGUUGAGAUGACACCGAUAGGAACGCCUGCUUGGAGAUGUGGUAAACCUACGCACGGCAGGCAAACAUUAUUUAACAAGGGAAGAGAGGCCUCUUCCUGCGUGUCGUGAGGUCCCGGGAAUAAGAAGAACGCAUUGUAUUUUGUACUGUGGGUGUGGAUAUGUGUAUCUGGGACUUCCUUUGCGUUGUUGGGUGGUAGGUCGGUUGCUAUUGUGGUGGGUGCGGGCAGCGAGCGGAGGUCACAUUGCGGCCCGGUUGGCCCUGAGCCCGCAUUGCUGGGUUUCCUGUUGACGCUGCAGGGGGUCAUUUCCCCACCCAACUGCUUCUUGCGGAGAGCAGUGUGACGGUGAGCUGCUUUUAGAGUUCCCAGCUGCAAUGAUAGCUACGCAUUGAGAAUUCGUUCAGUUGCGGAUAAUGGGGGUGUGAGUUCCGUUGCUCAAUUGCUCAAUUACUUUUGGUGUGGAGUAUAAGUCAGUGGCGCGUGUCUGGUAAGCGGGCAAUUACCCGCUUCAAUCUGUCAGCUUCAUGGCUUGCGUCCUUGCUAGGUCUUGCAGUGUGGGUGGUGACAGCAGCAUUCGUUGUAUUGGAGGGGGCAAAGGAAUGCCGAAAACAGACUGCCGGUACAAAGCUUUACGUGCUUGUAGUUACUUCGCUGUCUCGUUGCAAAAGGAACCCGAUCGAGCCGGAGAAGAGGAAGCACUGUUUACCAAAGGAACAUUGUGCGUUGCUCGAAACUGCGUACAUGAUUAUUUUACCCCUCAGUGAAUGUACCGGUUGUGUUUAUUACUAGACUCGUCUAUGUGUUUUGUUUCGCCCCUACCGAAGCCCCGGCCACUGCAGCGACGAAACCCACAUCUCGGGUGGUUACGUGUGGAGGGACAGCGCAUGCGCCCGAUGCAAUCCGUGCCUGCCGUAAUUUUUGCUUUAGUGUCCUUACUAUGUUGUUUCGUACGCUGCCGGUAGCGGUUGCCCUGCAGGCUGCAAGGGCUUGCUCGAGUUGGCGUGGUAGGAGCUACGGUACCUUCGGGGGUUCCUCGUGUGGCGUAACUUAUUUCUUAACGAUGCCACUGUUGUAGCGGCCGUUGUCAGUGUUGCAGUGCCUAUUGUUGCAGUAUUGUUGUGUCUUGUGGGGAGGUUAUGUGGCUAAGCCGCUGGCCGCUAAGCCUGGAGGCAGCUAUGACAGUGAGCCAGGUAUGGGAGUGAAUGCAUGUGAGGUUGCGCGGUCGAUGCUCGUACUAGGCGUUUGAUUUGAAGGAGAGGUGCAUGCAAGGGGGCUCGAGGCCCCAGUUCGAAUGCCAAUACCAGCAGCCCUUGCUGAAUACUAAAGUACCGGUACGUGCGGCAACUGCUUAAGAGCCGAGCCUUGUGGGCGACCGCACUUGAUGUAAACGUGUCGG